AAUGCACCAAAAGUUGUUUUGCCGACCGCCAUUAACAUCAGAAGAAGAUGAUCUCGCAGAGCGUUUCAGACUCAGUACGGUCCCCCUCAUGCCGCCAAAACGGCGCCAACCAGCAUCUCAGAAUAGCAUUGAUGUUGAUGUGAACAUUAACUGAAGCUCCUGACCCUUAUCUGCAUGAGUUUAUGCACUGCUGCCACACAAUUGGAUGUUCAUCAUGAGAGAGCAGGUGGAUGUGAUUCACGCUGAAGAACAGCAGAUGCUGCAGACACCAGUGAAGAUUGAAGUGAAGCAGGAGGAGAUAAAAGAAGAAAACUCAACAGAGGAACAUCAGAGAAAUGAAGAUGAUGAUGAACAGCCGAUGCUGCAGACACCAGUGAAGAUGUGUUCAGUGAAGCUGCUGGACUGCAGGAACCUGAUGAAGAUGAGAGGAGAAAUCAAAGUAGAGGAACAACAGUGUGAUGAAUUUAUUUCUUCAGAGCUGUUGGAAGUAAAAAAGGAAAGUCAAGAGCUGAUUGAUGUGGAGGAGAAACUUCAGUAUCAGAAACACCAUGAUUUCACAACUGGAGAAAAAUCUUUGAGUGUCUCGAAGACUGAAAGAAAUUGCUCACCAAAAAAGCCUCAAAGAAGGGCAGCCAAGAAAUCAUUCACCUGCUCUAAGUGUGGAAAGAAUUUCACAUGUCAAAGCAAGCUAAAUAUACACAUGAGAUUUCACACAGGAGAGAAACCUUACACAUGCCAUCAGUGUGGAAAAAGAUUCACAUGUAAAGGAAAACUUAAUGUACACACAACGAUUCACACUGGAGAGAAACCCUUCACAUGCUGUCAGUGUGGAAAGAGUUUCACAAAUAAAGAUUACCUUAGAGUACACAUGAAGGUUCAUACUGCAAAGAAGCCUUACACAUGCCAUCAGUGUGGGAAAAGCUUCAGAAAAAAAGAUUACCUUAGAAUACACAUGAAGGUUCAUACUGCAAAGAAGCCUUGCAUGUGCCAUCAGUGUGGAAAACGUUUCAUGCAAAAACAACAUCUUGAAUUGCACACAAGAAUUCACACGAGAGAGGAUUUGUUUUUGAAAAGGCACCAUAAAAUACAUGCCGGUGUGGGGGUUCAUAUGUGCGUUGAAUGUGGGAAAACCUUUAUUACAGCCAGCGACUUGACAGAUCACCAAAUAAUUCAUACUGGAGAGAAACCAUACAAGUGCUCACACUGUGAAAAGAGUUUCACUCAGUUAGAUAACUUAAAAAGACAUGAGAGAAUUCAUACUUGAGAAAAACCAUACGAGUGCUCACACUUUGAAAGAGUUUCUCUCAGUCAAAAAAACUUAAAAUACAUGAGAAUCCAUAGAGUAUAGAAACCAUACAACUGCUCUUCAUGUGGGAGAAGUUUCAAACAAUCAGGGCCUCUACCGAAACAUGUAAAUAGGAAUUGCCCAAGUAGUCAUAGUGAUGUCAAGUAAAUAGUUUGUCAAGAAAAUUCAUGUGGAAUUUGUUUUCUUCAGUGUUAUAAAACAUCAGAAAGAGCAUGGAGAGCACAGAAUGUGUUUUGUAAGUUCAAAGAGUCACUCUUAAUAACACAAUAAGACUACAUUUCAUGAAUCACCUGCAGUAACAAUUGAAAUGCGUUUUUUUUUUUUUAGGUGUUGAACGAGAGAGGAUUUGAUUGUGUCUGUGAUUUCAGGCAAAGCCAAGUCUGGUAAUACUUAUAAUGUUUUGAUUCCUAUUGAAUUAUACUCUAUUGGUAUUCAGUUCUUGUGGGAGUCAUGCAAACUGUAAACAGGUGCCAAGUCAUCUGGUCCCAGUGAGCAUUGCUUCGUGAGAAAAGUAAACAAAUAUCUCGGAGAAAAUCAGCAUAAGAAGUCUCUCACAAAGUUACUAUCUCUAUCUGACGCAACAGACCCCACUGAGUGUGAAUUGCUUCAUUGUUGUCCUUCCACGUCUGUUCCCUUCACCCACUCUCAUCACAGAAUUACCUCAAACCCACCUAAGAUCUGUAUGUACAAAAUACGUUAUCUGCUGUAUACAAAGAAUGUAACUAUGUUUGGUAUCAUUCAAAAUGUCUAAGAGUUACUGGUACAUUGGUCUAUCACAGCAGUUGACUUAGUUAUAACAAAGAUUUAUGAUUUACAGAAAUUAUGUCUCUGCUGUUGGGGUGUGCCUUCAUGGGGUCUUGAAUUCAAUUGAUUCCCAAACACCUCAAGUAGUGGAAUUCCAUUAUUGUAAACUCCAGUUUAAUUGUCUAUUGUUUCCAUGUGAUUCAAUUAUCCUUCAGAUCUGGAUAUUUAAGGAGAAUUAGCAAAAGCUUUUGGGAGAAAUCUGUAAUUCAGAUGUCCCGCACUGUUACUCUGUGUCGGACUGCUAGGUGUAUUUCUCUGAGUUGUAAUCUAUUAUAUAUAUUCUGAUCAUUUGUAAAUUCGCUUUGAAUUUUAAUUUCUGAUGUAAAGUUUUAAUCCU